UCUACAAAACUGCUGUUUUAGAAAAAUGUUGCAAAUCGUUUUUAUGAAAAUACAAAACAUUUAUUGUGAAUUUUUGAAAAAUACGAAAAAAUAACCGAUGCACCCCUAGUUUAGACAUACUGUAGAGAAUCUAGAAACUUUAUCAAAAAACCUUUUCCUAAUUUCAUUUUAACACAUGCAAAAAUGCGUUAGAAAUUUUUUUAAAAUCAAUUAAUGCGUGUGAACUUAUUACUAUUUUCUGCUAUUAAAUGUGUUCAAAAAUGGUUAACACGUUAAAAGAAAAUUUUUUUGUAUUAGAAAAAUCCAUUAAGUAAUUGAAAAAGAAGAUUGUUGCUAUUACUAUUUUAUUAAUUAUUUGUCUCUUCAUCUUGUUUAUAGUCCAUUGACAUGAGUAGUGUUUGUAUCAAAAUGGUGAAAAAGGAAAAACCAUGUGUCAGUCUCUUUUUUUAACUCGGCAUUAAUUAGUUCCGGUAGUAUUGGCACUAUUUCUUUGCUAAUUUGAUCGAUUGUUGUUGAAGUGGUUUUUCUUCGUAUUGUAAUAUAAAAUAGCACUUGACACUCCGUAAAUUUCAUAUAUUUUUGAAACGAUGUGACCUAUUUGCUUUGUAGUUCGACAGCUCUUUUAACAUUAGUUCAAAUGAUGGACAACAUGUAAUUGUGUACAUUAAAUAUUUCAAUUCGAAAACUCGAGUGACAGUAUGAUUUUCAAUGAUAAGUGUUAUUUCCAUUCGUUUUGAACACUUGUAUACGAUCAUAAUAUUUUAUUGUUGUUUUUUUCAGUUUGUCGAUUGCUGCCACUUACACUCUAAAAAAAAGAUGUUCUUCAGGUUUUCAAAGAACUGAAAAAUCAAUGGAAAUUUUGUUUUUUUUCAUUUGUCCCAAAUAGGGAACAAAAAUUGAAAAACAUUUUGAGUUCUUGAAAGCUGAAGAACAGAAACUGAGUUCUCUAUUUUGGACAAAUGAAAAAAAAACAAAAUUCCCAUUGAUUUUUCAGUUCGUUGAAAAUCUGAAGAGCAUCUUUUUUUUAGAGUGUAAUAGCCUUCAAGUCAUUCAAGAAUUUAAAAAUUUUCUUUUCCCUUUUCGUCGACAUAUUCAUACGCUCCUAUCCUUACUUUUCUAGUCGCUUAUCAAGAAGAUGGUUACGUUAUUGGGUUGUAUCCAUUUUGAUUUAUAUUUGAGUGGCAACCACAUACGCGCCUUGAUUACAACACCGUUAUCAUCGGUUAAAAAGAUUAGAAUGUUGUCCAUUAGAUGUUUUUUUUCCUUAUGUCUAUCAUAAUGAUAGACAGGGAAAUAAAUAACUAAUAAUGGACUUCUCUUGGGAAAUCUCUGUUUAAAACAAAGUUUAUAGUCAUGAUUUAUGACAAAAGUUUUUAAAACUUAUUCCUAUCUCUGAUUUCAACAUAAGUUAACCUAGAAAUAUUUUUUCUUUUCAAUAGAAAAAUAUGUUAACAAUAAUCCCAAGAAACUAUCCAUCUAUAUCUGAAAUUUUAAGCGGAGUUUGUUUCGCUAAAAUUUCUAAAAAUAAAAGACAAAUUGUAGAAACUAUAGAAAAUGUAGAAAACUGAUUACUUAAUCCAUUAAUCACUCAUUAUUGUAUAAUUAGAAGUUCGUUUCUUUUAUUUAAAGGGUAAUUUUGUUCGAAAACAAAUUCGUAAUUAUCAGACAACAAUAUUCUUAACAUGGCUCUUUGCUGUAAUAAUAAAUAUUCCUCUAAUACCAAUAACAAAAUAUCGUAAAGAUGAUAUGGCCAUUUCACUAACAAAUACAACAGUAUUCAGUUGUGACACAGAAGCGAAUCAAAUAUGGUCGAGAACAUAUUUAAUCCUAAUACUUGUUCUAACAUAUUUAGUUACUGGAACAUUUCUUAUCGUUAUUUAUGGACAAGUCAUACGAUUAAUAUUAGCAUCGAAAAAGUUUACAAAAACAAAUAAUAAUACUUUAACAUCAAUGCCAAAUAGUCGAUCACACAGUAAUAAUAAUCUUAAUACAGUAAUUCAAACACCCCCAGUAAAAUAUGGUCCAUCUGGUUCUUCAUCAUCUUCUACCAUGUCAAAUCAACGUGGUUCAUCACGUGGAUUUGCAUCGACUAUUCCCACUCCACAUGUAAAACAUUCCUAUCAACGAUCACAUAACUACAAUGGUCAUAGUAGUGUAAUAAAUCCUCAACAAGUUUCAUUUUUAUAUUCUACAAAAACUCAGUCAUCAUCACCAUUACCAUCACCCUGUGAUACACGAUUACAUACUCAACGUUUACAAGUAAUUAUUAUGUUAUUUAUUGUCAUUGUUCUCUAUAUUAUUCUAUUAUUACCGUAUCGUCUAUUUAAUUUAUUAUUUAUUUUACACUAUCAUAUAUUUGAAAAUAUAAAUGAAUUAGUAUUUCAAUGGUUAAUUAAUAUCGUUCGAAUUUUAGUCUUUCUUAAUUGUGCUCUUCAACCUAUAACAUAUUUAAUUAUAUCGAGUCGUCUAAGACAAUCGACAGCUAAAUUAUUAAAAAUAUGUUUUAAAUGUCAUUGUAAAAAUCAAAAUAGAAAUGAUGUAUUCUAUUUAUCAUCAUCACCACUACAACAACAAGUUGAAACACAAAAACAGCAAGUUGAGCCACAAAAACGUUUUUAUGCUGAUAGAAGACAAUAUAUUACAAGAAAGAGUCAAAAUUUAGACUAUCUUAUUGUAGGAAAUCCAACACAACAACGGCUAAGAACCAAUCGAAUGCAACAAAUUAAUAUGUAUAAAAAUGACAAAUAA